AAUAUCGGGCGUAUGCUACUAUUUCAAACUCCUGAAUGGUCUGAAGAUUUAAAGGGAUGGAAUAGAGAAACGCAUGUGAAGUGUACUUAUAAUGGUAUUCCGUUAGCUGACAAAAAAUUUCCGGAAAAUUGGUUGACAGAAGGUAUUCAAAUCAAAAUUUUAUUUCCUUUCUGUCUCAAACCUUGGCACGAAUAUAAAUCGCUAAAUUCUCGUGAUGACUUUUGUUUUUUAACAGUUUGGGGAAGGGAAACAGAACACCCUUUUGGUCAUCCACGACAAAAACCUUCGUUUUUUAAGCCUGUUUUUAAGGAACUUUACAAAUUUGUAAAAGUAAAAAUUAAAUUUUUAAAAAAGUUUUCAAAAAAAAACACAAGUUCAAAAGAAACAAGAACAAUACACCCGAGUGUAAUAAAAAAUGAAAAAGAUGAUCUAAUAAAUAACCAGAUAAUGAAUCAACCCUUGAGUAAAAUUGAAAAAAUUACAGAUUGGAAAAAUUAUUCACCGAUAGACAAAAUGCAGGCUAUCACUCAUAGGACAAGUACAAUUAAAAAAAAAACUAGAAAGAAUUACGGAAGAUAAGAAAAGGGUCACUCUAGAACUUGAUAUGAACCCUUACAAAAAAAGUUCGAGAUUAGCCUUGUCAAAAAAUUUUUGUCAAAUGUUGAAAAAAAAAAAAAAUAGAUUAAUAUAUAAAUUUAAUUAUUUUAUAAAAUUAUUUAUUCAAAGAAUAUCUAAUUGUAUUUUUUUAUAUACUAUAUCUAUUUGCCAAAUGACUCAAAAAGUCUUUGUGGAAUCAACAAAAAUGAACUCUCUUUCAAAUUCAAAUAUAAAAACGCAUAAUAAUAAGCUUUAUAAGGAAAAUUCAGAGAGUUUUGGUGAUUUAUCCAACUUGUCACAAGCAUAUGUAUUGUACAAAAUAUCAGAAAGGGGUUUUUUGAACGUACGUAAUUUCAUAUCUGUUCUUCAACAAAAUGGAACAUCUUUCUUGAUUAAAAAGAAAAUAAAAGACUCAUUUCAUACACAAGGAAUACUUCCAUCUGAAGGAAUAAAAAAACAACUUAAGCGGCCUAGAACGAGUCAAUGGAAA